AUUGGUGCAGAGAAGAUCCUUCUACAUGCUACGUACUGCUACUGAUAUGAUGUAAAGUCAUAUUAGCGGGUAAAUCGAACAGCCAAAAAAUCGAUUGUCCACACUUCUCUUCCAUCAUGAAGCCGUCCACAGGAAUCUUCUUUUGGAUUUUAUCUUGUCGUAAUGCAGUUUGAUUAAGAAACUUGCAGGUGUCAACUCAGCUGCCUAUCCUGCAACACCAACCGUGGGAGGAGGAAACGAAGGAAAAGGAGGAGGAGGAGGAGGAGGAGGAGGAUAAUAAGGAGGAGAAGGAGGAGAAGAAGAAACAGGAAGAGGAAGAAGAAAAAAGAGGAUUGUCGGAAAAAGAAGAUAAGGGAAAGUAGGAGAAAGAGAAGGGAAAGAAGAAAAGUAGAAAGAAGAAGUAGUUGUAGCGAAUCUGGUGGUGUUGGUGGUCUUGCGGGGCAAAGUUUUGUUGCUGUUGAAGGUGGUUGUGGUCGUGAACAAACUUAGAUAAGAUAAAAGAGAAAGUAAAAUUAAGCGAGGUAAGGUAAAACGUCGGGGAAUAGAGCCUCAAGUAAACGUGAAAAGCAGAACUGCAAGAACAAAAUGCAGGUUGAAGCAGCUAAGCAAGGCAUUUGGUAACAUCAAUGUCACUCUAAGCGGUUUUAGAACGAUGGUUGUGCUAUUGCUCAAAUGAAUGCUGAGAUAAAGGAAAGAAAGGGAUGCAAAAAAUAAUAUUUUGCAGGCAACUAAGAAUAGCAUACUAAUAUCUCUAUUAAUAAGUCUGCUCCUAUCAAUCAUGCCUUAAACCAAAAACAUUUCCCACAAAAAAUAGGCAUGAAGGUACUAUCACAAUAACAUAGACAGUACCUUAACAAAUACCCUUUGCGAAACGAGAUCACCAUUUUAACAUCAGCAAUUCAUACAUCAUCACAAUCAUGUACUCCGGGGCCCUCAUGUCAGCGAAGCUACGUCAGGCAGCUAUGGCUGCAGCUGGACCUGCCCUACCACAUCGGAGCGAAACACUGAAGCCUCGCCGCUCACAGGCGAGGCGGCAGUGGUCCAUCCAAGCAGUGAAGGGCAAAGUAACAACACGAUGUCUCUGGAACGCCUGCAAAGCACUCACCGUCGGCGUCCUACUCAUCCUCGUGGGAGCAGCCAUGGCCACAAUAGGAUACUAUGCCGAGGAAGAACAACUAAGGUUACAAGCCCUUUACGACUCCGAUGAGGGUACCAAUGACGAGCAAGUGGUGAUGGAUAAAAUGGCCCCAACACGUAUAUUUCCACAACCACCACACUAUUCAUCCGGAGGUAAGGGAGGCUCCAGCCCCUCGACAGGCAGCAACACUUCCUCCACUGUGUCUACUCUCCAUAGCGACAAUGUGACCAACAAUGACACCACUAGCAAAAGCCCAAAGAUUGAUCACGUCUUUACUAAGGACUCUGGUUUUGGCUUAAAUAAGCUGUCUUACGUCGGUCCUAUUGUGAUGGGCUUUGGAGGAUUCGUGAUUGUUGCUGCCUGCGUAAUGACCUUCGAGGCACGAGACAGUGCAGCCAAAAUCGUUCCAGCCCGAUUUCGCAAGCCAUUCUCCGAGCGUAAUAAUGGACGGGACGAGGAAGGUGGAGUGCGACACUCCGCUUGCCAGACAAAGUGGGAAGCCCUUUCUUUUUGCCAUCACUCGCAGCAGGAGGGCACAAGUCCCGCCGCGGAGCAUCCCCAAAGAUCAGAAUUGUCCAGACGUGCCAUGACCUUUGCUUUCAUACAAUUUUCCAAAACACUGCAAACAAGUAUCGAUUCAUCAGCUGAGUAUUACGAUGGCCGGCGUGGGUCGCGGCCGCAUUUGGCUAAAUGUCCCUCCGCUCCUUCUCUGGUGCCACCAUUUCAAAAAAAUGAGCGAAGACUGGCAGAACCUCCUCGAGUGCUACGAGUUGCAACACGACCCUCUCAACCAUCAACCACCCCGCCAAGACCUAGCUUGACUCCCAACAGCCUGCCCCGCCAGGCCAUGUCAGUUGACAACCCUGCCGUACGAGAAGUGUACGCAGCCACAGCUUACCCUGCCUUUAUUGGUACACGUGGCGAGGAGGAGAUGGAGCUGGGAGCCUCAGCAACGGGUGUGCACGAAGUGGGAAGUGGAAGCCAAGGUUCACUGGCUUUGGACCUCCACUUGCCACAAAGCUGCCCCGUUACGUUAACAGUUCGCGAUGAGAGUCGCUCACCAAGUAACUCUAGAGAGGAAUCCCCUAAACCACUCCUCCCUGGCCUAAAAGUAGAUAAGCAGACCUCAACCAGUGACCACCUAAAUCUUAGCUUACUUGGCACAUCUCGGGACACCUGGGGCUCAAGGGACAUUGCCUGCCCCUCUAGCCGCGUGACUUCCGGGGGUUCGUUUAGGGAGCCCCGGCGGCCACGUCCUUCUCGCCGAGUGCGUCGCAGUGAAACUAUUGACACUGCCAGUGUUGCCGCUUCUUCUCGCCGCUCACAUCACCAGCGCCACCUAUCAACCACUUCCGCCCGCAGCAGCUCAUCACGCAACGGCACAGGUGGGACAAUACACGGGGGUGGUGAAAGGCGUCUCCAAACCUCCCGCAGUGAGACGGCACGCCGUCACCAGUUUAUGAGACAACACAAGGUGGAAACAGGUGGCUCCCAAGAGGAUUUAUCCACCCUUCCUCAUUGUCAUCAUCCUAUCUAAUUUUAGUGCCCUAACCACCCAGCAAUUAUAGAUCCCGCAACACUGAAAACGCCGUUUUCCGAAUUGACUUAUUAUAUAGAACUAGAUAAUAUGAUUAGGAAGUUAUUUGAGAAAUAUGGCUGUCUUCCCUUCACCUGAUUAAGCAAUAAGAGCAGAGAAAAUCCUAUUAUGUGGCUGAAUAUUAACAUUUACAAACUGGACAGUAAUGUCGACCUUAUGUCACAUUUGCAGCUGCAGAGAAAUAUUGCAACCCCUUCCUUUUCUUUCCGCUGAGUCUUAGCAUUCCACCUGCCGCAAUCCUCCCUUUCCUUUUAGCCCAUAAGACUUCCUCAGAUAUUACAGAUAACUAAUUAGCACUCUGAAAUGAGAAACACACACACACACACACACACACACACACACACACACACACACACACACACACACACACACACACACACACACACACACACACACGGCCUGGUAGCUCAGUGGAUAGAGCGUCUGCCUCACAACCUGAAGGACCGGGGUUCGAUUCCGUGGCCGGGUGUAGAUAAGUUGAGUUUAUCUUCUUUCACGUGUAGCCCCUGUUCACCUAGCAUUGAGUAGGUACGCGACGUCAGGCAAGGAGUUGUGACCUCGUUGUCGCGGUGUGUUGUGUGUGUGGUCUCAGUCCUACCCAAAGAUCGGUACUAUGAGCUCUGUGCUCUUCCGUAGAGGAACGGCUGGUUGUCUCGAGAGAGACCCGCAGCAGAC